UGCAAUCACACUAGAUCACAUGAGAAUCUGCCCACAAAAGCACACAUGUGCAUCCAUUCAGCCAUCGCAUCCUCCGUAGCACGAUGUUUGCAAGUGCAUGAGCUCAUUCAAAGAGGGCAACUUGUGUCUUUAGGUGUCUAAAUCUGCUGCCCCCCCCCACAACAUACACGCACAUCAGCGACUCCUCCCACUCCUCCUCCGAACCCCCCAUCCACCCAGGUCGACAGCAGGACGGCGUAGCGAUUCCGGACGCAGCGCUGAGACCAGAGCUUCGCCCCUGACGCGGACGCACACAGGCAAGCAGGCGAAGACGUGGCUUUUGCUUCUUGUGUCACUUGAAGGAUUAUGAUGUAGUGAUUUUUUUACAGGAAACAGCUAGUGUGAUCACCAUUGAAGAUUUCUGUAGGAGACCAAGCGCUUUCAGUGGGUGUCUUGCGUGUGCAUGCGUACCGGUUGUUUUUUCUGAGCUGUUGGACUGACGCAUGGAUACUGCAGCAGAACUGCAGGGGCCUGGACGCUAACCUGGAGGACAUGAGGACCCAGUGGAUCCCCCACCCCUGAGCUCCAGACCCCACUGCUGCUGCACAUUCUGCUGAGGUGCUGCUCUCUCCUCUGCUCUGGACAUUUUUGGGAUGCGUGUGUGUGCUGGUGGUGCAGCUGAGCAGAGCUCCCAGAGGCUGAUAGGAUGCUGACAGCUCGCGAUGGAGCUCGAGAUGAAGCUCAGAAGCUGCACAGGAAAUGGAUGAAGCACCAGGCCUUCAUGGCUGAACUGGCCCGCAACAAAGAAUGGCUGGCCAAGAUCGAACAGGAGGGUGAGGAGCUGAUCCAUGAACAGCCCGAGUUGCGAUCGGUGGUGGAGAUGAAGUUGAAGGAAAUCAGAGAGUGCUGGUCUCACCUGGAGAACACCACCAAAGUCAAGGCCCGCCAGCUGUUUGAAACUCAGAACCACCGCACUAACGACCUGCCCUCAAACACCCUCAGCGACCUGGACCAGCAUCUCAAUGCCAUACAGGAGCAGCCGUCCACACUAGGCUCCACCCACAGCACCCAACCCACCCUCCUUCAGCCCCGCCCCACUUUCAGCCAGCAACUCCAGAGGAUAAAAUCAAUGGAAGCCCAGAUGCAGCUUUAUCAAGGUGUUGGUGAAGUCAGGGCUGGUGCUGAUCACCGGAGACCAGAAGGAGAAGAGCAAGGAGGAAUGACGGAGACCCGAAUCGUGCGUCUUAUUGAGCCUUUGAAGGAAAGGAGGCGGAUCCUUCUUGCCUCAAAAGAAAUGCACCAAGUCACCCAGGACCUGGAGGAUGAGAUUGUAUGGAUUCAGGAUCGGUUACUUUUGGCCUCAUCUACAGAAUAUGGGACCAAUCUGCAGAGUGCCCAACAUUUAAUCAUGAACCAUAAGGCGCUGCAGAUGGAGAUACAGGCUCAGAGGGGGCGGGUCGAGGAGGUGCUGGAAAGGGCGGAGGCCGUUGCUGCCCUGCGGACCCCAGAGGUGGAGCUUGUGCGGGAGGGGGCGUGGCAUGUGAGGCAGCUGUGGGAGGUGCUUCAGGUAGAGAUGGAACGUCGCACAGUGAUGCUAGAUGCCGUGAACCACGCCCAACAGUACUACACCCAGGCAGCGAAGGCGGAAUCUUGGCUCAGUGGACAGAAACUUCAGGUCCUCAAUGAGGAGAAAGGAAAUGACGAGGCCAGCACUCUUAGGUUACUAAAAGAGCAGUUGGCCUUAGAGCAAACAGUGGAGAAUUAUGCAGAGACAGUGAGCUCACUGUCCCAGCAGUGUCGUCGCAUGCUUGAGCUGGGACAUCCAGACAGUGAGCAAAUUACCAAACAGCAGGCUCAUAUAGACCGGCUAUAUGUAUCUCUAAAAGACCUGGUGGAACAGAGGAAAACAAAGCUGGAGCAGCAAUACUGGUUGUAUCAGCUGAAGCGAGAGGUGGAGGCACUGGAGAAAUGGAUCUCUGAGAGGGAGGCUGUCGCCAGCUCCACUGAACUCGGCCAGGACCUGGAGCACGUCACGGCUCUGCAGAGCAGCUUUACUCAAUUCUCGACUGAGACACGUGCAGUCGGCCAGAAGCAGAUGGAUUCAGUCAAUAAGAUGGUGAAUGAGAUGAUUGACUGCAGUCACUCUGAUGCUGCCACCAUUGCAGAAUGGAAAGAUGGGCUGAAUGAGUCCUGGGCGGAUCUUCUAGAGCUCAUGGAGACCAGAUCGCAGAUGCUUGCAGCCUCGUACCAGCUACACAAGUUCUUCACCGACUGUCAGGAGGUGCUGGUCCAGAUCGAGGGAAAGAUGAGACAACUACCAGAGGUGAGGUCAUGUCAGGUGAGCUCAGCCAACCCUGGCACACUGCAGAGACUCCUGCACUCUUUUGAGCACUCCCUGCAGCUGCUGGUAUCACAGGUGCGCCAACUACAAGAAAACGCAGCUCAGCUGCGUGCGAUUUAUGCCGGGGAGAAGGCAGAUGCCAUUUUUUCCCGUGAGCAGGAAGUGAUGCAGGCCUGGAAAGAGCUCCUUGUUGCAUGUGAGGGCAGCCGUGUACAGGUUACCACAGUAACCGAUAAGAUCCAGUUCUUCGCUGUGGUGCGGGAAUUGAGCAUGUGGAUGGAUGGAAUAAUGGGACAGAUUGGCUCAACUGACGAUGCCAGGGACCUCUCUGUGCUGGAGGGCAUGAUGUCCCAACAUCAGAAUCUGAAGAGUAAGAUAGAUAACAAGAGCAAGAACUUUGUGCAUUGCGUGGAGAUGGGAAAGAUGCUGCUCGCUGCACGCAACCCUGCAGCUGAAGAGGUAAAGGAAAAGCUGGAGUAUAUCAUGGCAAAGCAGAAAGAACUGAAUGAGCGAUGGGAACAGCACUGGGAGAAGCUUCAGCAAGCCCAGCAGAGGCUGCAGUCUACCCAGCUGGGAUCGGUGGAGCAGUCCUGGCUCACAAUCAAGGAACCAAUCACUCCAAAUACUCGUGAGGAAGGGGGUGGGACAGAUGAGGUGGAGGAGCUGAUUCGCCGACAUGAAGCGUUCCGGAAGGCCGCGUCCACAUGGAAGGAUCAUUUCAACUCAUUACGACAGGCAGAGAAGAUGAAGGAGGAACUGAACAAGCCACCUUCUACCUCCUCUCUCCUCAGCAGGCAGAUGUUCCCUCUCUCUUGUCUUGUGCCCAGCUCCUCUUCUUCGUCUUCGUCCUCCUCUCUCUUCCGUAACCCACUUCAGGACUCACUACUGGAGUCCAAGCCCGGGCCGGACCUCAUGUACGCCACAGAACACACAGUGGUGAACACACUCACUCAACGGCUCGGGUCCACCCUGAACCCCUACACGCCUGUCAUGAAUGGCUCCUCCUACCAUGGGCUAAACCAGCCAUCAGGGGUUGUGGCAGAGGGUCUUUCGUACCAUGGGCUAAAACAACAGGGUGUUUCAGGGUUGGAUAAUUCCAGCUAUCAAGGGUUAAACCAACAAGUUGGUGUCUUGGGUGUGAACAGCUCCAGCUACACUGGACUAAACCAACAGGGUGUUUUAGGAGAGGACAACUCCAGCUACCACAACCUGAACCAUUUAGGUGCUGUGGGGGUAGGGGUUGAGCCCAAAAUGGGAUAUGCUUGGCAGCACCUGAAAGCUGACUGCCUUCAGCCCAAAAUCAACCACAUUCACAAAGCUGUUCCACCUUUACUGGAGGCGCACCGAGCCCAGCUCGCUGGUGGAGGAGCAAACAUGCCAGCUCCUCCUAUGGGCCUGGACCCCUCCCUGGAGAUGAUCCACAGCCGUUUACAGAGAGACCCCCGCGGGAGCCGAUCUGACCCGCAGAUGGAUCACUUGAGGCGAGAGAGAGAGUACCGGCUUGGCCGACAGACCUCCAGCGAGCAGGAGAUCCAGGCACGACUUAACGAGCUCCCGCUGAUUGUUAGGCAGGAACGCUACCGUCGAAGAAUGGAGAGACAGUCGUCCAGUGAGCAGGAGGGCAGCGGUAGGCAGAGAGUUCAGAAACAUGACUCCAGCGAUGCAGAAUCUGGGAAAGAGCCGUCUGACAAGAGACCAUCCGGGGAGAAGCGUUCCACUAUGGCUGAGAUUGUUGAGCAAGUGCAGGAGAGAGAAGCUUGCCAUGCGAAGGGAGAGGCAUACAGACCACCCAGCAGCCUCUCUGCACCAGUGAGCCGUCUGGAUCGCCCUCGAGCUCGAGACCGCCCCAAACCACGACGAAGACCUCGUCCAAAAGAACCCGAGGAGCCACGGCGGUCCCGUUCUGCACCGGCUCAGAGCGUCCCAUCCACACCUCACCCUCCUACCCACACCGUCCAUCAUGAGGGCUUCCUGUACAGGAAACAUGAAGAGGAGGGGAAAGAGAGAAGCCCAAACAGCAAGUCGUGGGUAAAUCUGUUCUGUGUGCUCAAACAAGGGGAGAUUGGUUUCUAUAAGGACGCACGCCACAAAACCACACCCUACAAUGAUGAGCCACUUCUUAACUUGGCCAUUUGCGAAUUUGACACUACCAACGGAUAUAAAAAGAAGAAGAAUGUGUUCAUUCUCAGGACCACUGCUGAAGGGGACUACAUCUUCCUGGCUAAGGAUGAGGAGGAUCUGAAAGGUUGGGUCAACAGCAUCAAUGCUAGCCUGAAGGAGAUCGAGGAAAUUGCCAAGUGGGAGAAAGCCACAAACUCCUCCACCGACCCUGACAAAUCAGAGCGCAAGGAGCGCUCUGAAGGGGCGGAGCCAUCCGAGGGGGCGGAGAGAUCAGAGAGGUCAGAGAAGUCUGAGCGUUCAGACCGAUCAGAUAAAAUAGAAGCAUCGGACAAAAGCUCAGAAAAGAGGGACACAUCCGAGAAGGAGAAUGGAGAUAGAGGUGGAAGAGGAGAGAGGGGAGAACGAGGGGAGAGAGAGAGGGGCGAACGAGGAGACCGGGGUUCCAGGGGUUCCAGGGGUUCCAGCACUUCGGGAAAAAGCAAAUGACUCAUCCUUCUACACCUUUAUUUACUCAUCCAUCACAAAAUCUUUCCAGAGAUAAGACAGGACUUGCGUUUCUCUGUCUCUGUUGCUCUGUUUGUCCUGACAGCCUGAUUUCAGGACAGACGUAAUUGUCCCUUGAAUGUGUCGAUGUGUGUCUGUGUGCGUGUGCCAAUGUGUUGAAGAGAACAUCUGUGAAAGAAUAUGAAAAGAACAGUAUAUGAACUUAUCCCAGCAUCAGAAGGCCAGUUCAGCCGCCCUGCUUGACUCUCACAGAAAAGGCACUUUAAAUUAUUGAGGAUGACUAUAGCCCUCUUAAUAUUUUAGAAACGUUUUCUCGAAGCAAUAUACUGUACGUAGUAACCGAUGCCGCUUGUUUUAGCUGCUCUGCACUUCCAAGCGAGUGCGAGAGAGAGAAAGUGACAGAGAAGUCUUUCAGAGAGAAAUCUGGUGCGGUAGGAGGGACAGUGUUCCUCCUGAUCGGCAUCCAUACACACGAACACGCACAGUGCAUCAUGGGAAAAUGUUUGGUAUGGAAUACCAUUCUCUCACCCGAGGCCGCACAAGUCUUCCACCUGCUGCUUGUAGUAAUGGUUUUAAUCAUGCGAGAUGCUUCACAGUACUGUGGUGAGUGUGAUUCAGUCCGAAUUACACCCGAUAAAGAGUCUCGAUCACAAUAUGUGAAUUUAAUGUGGCAGUGUGUGUGUGUAUGUGUGUGUGAAUACAGCUCCGUCCAGAAGGAGAUCAAAUGUACUAUGUAUAACCUCAUUGAUCGUAUUUAUUAGGUUAUCAUGAUACAAAUUUAAAGUGCAAGGUUAAUCUUCCCAGAACUAAGAGGAAGUACGAUCAAACACCCCAGUAUGUGUACAAAUAUGCUGCUUUUUAUCAUCUCUGCCCCCUUACAUCACUCUUUGAUUGUAAAAUGAUUAGUACACAUAAAAUAGGGUGUCUGUGACUUUGUCAUGCUAUAAAGAAAAAGACUGUAUAUAUAUAUAUAUUUGUAUAUAUACUAGUAAACGAGAUUUACUUCUAUGAGCUGCAGCGUCUAAUUACAAAAAAAAAAAUUAAUAAUUUUUAUCAACCUAUGAAAAUGUAACAAGUUAAACAGAGUUGUUUAAAGUGCCCCUGGCUGAAUUUAGACGGUAAAUAUGUGCGUUAGCCUCCUUUUCCAGGAUCCCUUGUAUACGGAAAUGCAACUUUUACUGUUUACGGUUUGUUUGUUUUGACCAGGGCAAAAGAUCAGGAUACUUGUAAAAA